AUCAGUUGAGUGACAAAUGGCGUCGAAAGCGAAGAAGUCGUCGUCGGGUGCGUCGACGGCCACGACAACCAUCACGAGCUCUGCCGGAGAACAGGUGUCGUCCAGCGAACGACCCGUCAGUCCUCUGUCGCCCUCAAGACUGUCACGACUGCAGGAGAAGAAUGAGUUGAUUGGUCUGAACGACCGGUUGGCCAACUAUAUUGAACGCGUGCGACAACUCGAGGUCGAGAACAGCCGUCUGUCCGUUCAGAUCCAGUCCAGUCAGGAGACCGUCACUCGAGAGGUCGUCUCCAUUAAGACGUUAUACGAGAAGGAGUUGUCGGACGCCAGAAGACUGCUCGAUGAGACCGCUAAAGACAAGGCUCGGCUCCAGAUUGAGGCCAACAAACUCAACAACGACUGCGAGGACCUCACCGUCAAACUUAAUAAAAGAGAUAAAGACUUAUCAUUGGCUGAUAAGAGAAUCAAUAAUUUGGAGUCAAAUGUGGAGGAAUUGAAGGCACGGUUGAAUCAAUCGAUUGCUGAUCGAAAGCGAGCUGAAGAUGACCUCAAAGAAGCGAAAUCAGACGUCGACAACAUGGAGAAGCAGUUGGCGACUGUCCGCAAACAACUACAGGAAGAGACACUCCUUCGCGUGGAUCUCGAGAAUCGAAUCCAGAGUUUGAAAGAAGACAUUCAAUUCAAGCAACAAAUCCAUGAGAAGGAGUUGGAAGAGACUCGAGUGACUCAGGAGACGGAGAUCACGGAGAUGGUGAACGACCAGAUCAGGGAACAGUACGAACAACGACUCGCCGAAGAGCUCCGGGAGUUGAGGGAAGAGAACGACGCGCAGCUCAGGAUGAAUAGGGAGGACAUCGACCGCAAGUAUGAGAACCAACUCCAAGACCUGCGCAACGCCUUGGAGAAGAAGAUCGGCACUUCCAAUGCGUUGAACAACGAGUUCUCACAAAUGAAGACCAAAUACGAGUCGAAUGUCUCGAAGUUGGCUCAACUCGAGUCCAUGAAUCAGUCUCUUGUGAACCGAAUCAAAGACUUGGAGAGACUGAUAGAGCAGGAGAGGGAGUGGAAGGAAAACGCAUUGCACGCCAAAGACGACCAAAUCAAGCAACUGAGAGACGAGUCCAAGAAUAUUCUCAACGAAUACCACGACUUAUUGGACAUUAAGAUUGCGUUGGAUAUGGAGAUCAAUGCCUACAGAAAGCUAUUGGAAGGCGAGGAAAGUCGACUCAAUUUAUCGAGUCCUCAGUCGUCACCAAUUGUUAGCUCCGGGAGUCGAGUGGUCUCUCCGCGCACUUACACUCCCAGAGGCGCCAAAAGGAAGCGAACUGUUUAUCUGCAGGAAGAGGAGAAUGUGGUGGACAUUGUGGUGAACUCUAACGCCAAGUCCGACAUUGAGAUAUCAGAUCACGACCAGGAGGGCAAAUACGUCAAGAUCUUCAACAAGGGUGACAAAGAGGUGUCUCUCAGCGGUUGGCAACUCAUUCGCAAUGCUGGCGAUUUGGACACACAUUUCAAGUUUCACCGAUCGAUUGUCAUUAAACCGAAUCAAACCAUAAACGUCUGGAGCUCUGACAGCAGUGCAGCGCACAGUCCGCCAAAUGAUAUCGUUAUGAAAGGCCAGACUUGGUUCACAUCGGAUGCCAUGCAAACUACUUUACUCAACAAUUCUGGAGAGGAAAUGGCAACUCGAAAGACAUCUAAACGUCUGACCAGUACUUCCGCUCACCGCUCUUCAGAGGGAUUCUUGAGAUCACAACAGGUGGACGCACCGGGUGGUCAGGAGAGGUGUUCCAUAAUGUGAUGCAACCAAAACACAAUCAACCCGUUUUACAAUAAUUUACUUAUAUUUAAUGUUUUAAGCCAUACUUAUAUUCAUAUACAAGUAGUUUAGAUUUGAAUGCCUUUUAUUUGCCAUUAUUUUCUAAUUAUUUUCAUAUAAUCAAUAUAUCUUCGGUGAAACUUUAUUUGAGACUUCAUUUAGAAUAUAAGGACUUUUAUGAUAUGUUUGCAAUCAUUCAUUAAGAGCUACACUAUAUUCUGGGCGGCAGUUGAUUCUAAAGCCUCUUAAUUUUUCAUCACUC